AUUUAUUCUCUCUGAAAAACUCCGAUGCCGAUGACUUGGGCGCGAUAUAAUUACAAGCCUAUAUAAGCCACAUCAAACUUUCGAACCCUCAACACGGGUUUUUGACCACAUUCGUCGACUCGUGAUGGGCGAACUCUUCUCGUACGGUUUCUUCGGAGGGCCGUCAACAUUAAACUCAACGUGCCCAUCUUUCGUAACUGGAGAAACUGUAUGCCUUCCCCCAGUUAAAAUUCCAUUCUACUUCUCCCUCCGCCAGGAGAUAUUCGACGGCAUUCCAGACACAUACAUCGCACUCGCUGCCCCUGUGCUCGCUUAUUGGCUUCUUUCUUUUGUAUUUUACUGCCUUGACAUCUCUGGCUGGCGAUGGCUUGAUAAAUAUCGUAUUCACGAGUCAGAAGAGGUCAAAUCCAGGAAUUUGGCUACCCCUUGGGAGGUCGCACGAGCUGUCCUACUCCAACACGCGACGCAAACUGUACUGGGCUUAGCAUGGUUGAUAGAAUCGCCUGAAAUAUCGGUUGCGCGGUGUCAGAGCGAGAUAGAGGCCUUGGGAGGAACACUGGUAUGGGUCGUGCGGCAUCUCUUGGGAGAGGAGAUAGGAAUGAAGUUUUUGGAGUCGAGAGGGCCUGGGGUGACCCAAUGGCUGUACUGGUGGGGAAUUCCAGCUGCACAGAUGUUAUUCGCAUUGUUCAUCGUCGAUACCUGGCAAUACUUCCUCCAUCGCUCGAUGCACACGAACAAAUAUCUCUACAAGAAGAUCCACUCUGUGCAUCAUAGACUCUAUGUCCCCUAUGCCUUUGGGGCAUUAUACAACCAUCCCUUGGAGGGGUUCUUACUGGACAGCGUAGGCGCAGCACUCGCAGAGCGCCUAUCAUACCUUUCAGUGCGACAAACUAUUUUCCUCUUUGCGUUCAGCACGUGUAAGACUGUCGACGAUCACUGCGGAUACAAUCUCCCCUUUGAUCCAUUACAGAUGAUGAGUGGAAACAACGCAGACUACCAUGAUAUACACCAUCAAGCCAUCGGAAUCAAAUCAAAUUUCUCACAGCCUUUCUUCGUCCAUUGGGAUGUCCUCCUCGGGACGCGCAUGACCAGAAAAGAUAUUCAAGCACGCAGGGAAAAGGUCAAGAAAACGUGAUGCACCGAUUUCGAUGUUAUGCCAUAUAGAUUCCUGGAUUUUUGGUUUUCGUCUUGUCAAUCUUUAUUCAACGAAUUCAAUUCGGGACUACACGAUUCGCUCAUGCAACCUAAUGUUUUUCCUUCAUCACCUUUUUUGCUGUAUAAUUCUAGGUUAUGAGAGCUACGAUAAUGUUUGUGAUCUAACUUCCUUCGCAAUGACAAUAGCCCCUAUUUACACAUCAUGAGAAAUUGUAUUGUCUUCAUUACUGGAAAAA